GAAUAUUUGAUAAAUUAGUCUUGACGAAUUCGAGUUAUUUUAUUUCUGGUCCUGAAGGUUGUGGCUAUAUAUCAUCGAAAUUUUCAAGAAAAAUUGGUGAAGCAAGAAGAUUAAUGCUAAGUGGAAACACAAAUAUUUUGAAUGAUAUUACACGCUGGCCUUUAGAUAACGAUUCAUGA